ACUGAAAGCACUGCAUCUUCACUACUACCAAUUUCUCAUAAAUGAGGAACUAGUGCCCUGUAUACACAUCGCCACACCGUGUCAUUUGGGGUUUCAGUGAAGGGGGAGGAGAAGUACUGUGCGACACCGAGCGGAGCUGCUCAGUCGAUCUGUGACUCCCGCACCACACCGCGUCCACGCAGCAUCAACUUCAAAACAUAUCGGAAAUACGGAGGAGGGAGGGUGUUGUAGGGGAUAUCGACGGUUAACACCUAAAUAACCAGCCGAGGGAUAAAAACAGCGUCUCUAGAGCGGCGCUGGAGCGAUUGGUCCGGUUCCUGUCCAUCCAGUGAGACCAGUGGCUGUCAGCCCAGGAAGCCGCUUUAGGUGUCUCAUAACUGUGGAUUUCAUCAUUAUGGGACAAUAGCUGUGGGCAUCAAAGCUCUCCCUCCUCCUCCUUUUCCUCCUCCCCCAUUUCUUUUUCUCUCAGCCUGACUUUCCGCUGAAACCCCCCACCCCCCACACCCCCUAACAAAUAUACAGUCACACACACACACACACACACACAUCCAACCCUCUGACCACUCCUCCCACGCUGCUCAUGGUACACACCCCCUGUUUCGCCAGCCAGUCAGGCAGUGAGUUAAUGAAAGCUGUGUAAUCCUCUGUAAAGUAUAGGGCCUAUACGGCUGCAUAUGCUCCCUUUUGUCAUGGCGGCUGUUGUUGUUGCAGAGGCCUCUCUCAGGAGAGUACACGAGGGAGAACAGAAGGCAGCAUAAAGCUCACAAAGAGAGAAAGAGAGAGGGAGAGUGAGGGACACUGACGUUGCCAUUUAUUUGACCGGAGGAGAAUGAGCUUCGCAGGGAAACAAAUGGAAUUCAUUGGGGGGUGAAACAACAUGAUGUGGGACUGGCAUUACCACCCCACGCUAAUCAAAAAUUGGACCAACAGUCAACUUUGGAGAUAUUUGCCACAUACUUACCUGCACCAAGGAAUGCAGUGAAAUAGAAAAAAGUAAACAAGACUUUUUUUUUUUUUCUUGGUUUUGAAUAUUUUUCUAUUUGCCCUCUCCUUGGUGGUCUCUUUGAUUGAUAACCUACCAAAAGUGCCUUUUUGUGUUACUUUUGACUAUUUUUUUACUUCCUCCAUAUUCAAACUUCAUAUUGCCAUAGAUUGUUGUAUAUAACUCUCCAUACAUGAAUCGCAUUCAGUGACUGUUAUGAAUGCCAUAUUUUAGAGAGGGCACAUAGCAUAUUUGACACGACACAAGCCUCCAACAAACACACAGUUGACAAUCAUCACCUUCCUGACUUUUGUUUCUACUUGUGGAGAGCUUCCACAGCCCCAGCAUUAAAUCACUUAAAAGUCAGGUCGCCCAAGACCAGCGUGACUUUUUGCACAACCUCCUCAAGACCUUCGUUGCUUUGACAACGCAGAGCCUUCGCCAUGGUCAGUUUCCAGUCCAAAUGGCGCUACCUUUUCAUGUUCCUGGGCAUCCAGCUGGUGGUCAUGGCGCUGCUGUCACGAGAGGGCUACCAGAAGAGGGUCACCUACUUCAUCCGCAUCUUCCGUAAGCCUGACACCACUGGUUUGUCAAAUCGGAACCAUACAAUAGCCGGCAUCACCGGAGGGGAUGUAUAUGCCAACCUCUCCCACUUACCCAAAGCUCAUAACCAUGGAGACGCCAUGCCCUUCUGCCCUAAGACGUCCCCUUUGAUAGGUGGGCCGAUCCAUGUCAGCUUUCCAUCAGGGCUCACUCUAGCAGAGGUUCAGAGGAAAAAUCCACUCGUGGUGCGCGGAGGACGCUACAGACCACCGGACUGUGAGGCUAGGCAUCGGACCGCCAUCAUCAUUCCCCACAGACACAGAGAACAUCACCUUAAGUUCCUACUCUACUACAUACACCCUUUUCUGCAGCGGCAACAGCUUAACUAUGGGAUUUAUGUCAUUCAUCAGGCUGGAAACUACACUUUUAACAGGGCCAAGCUGAUGAAUGUGGGUUUCCGAGAGGCCAUGAAGGAGGAAGACUGGGACUGUCUCUUUUUCCAUGAUGUGGACCUCAUUCCGGAGGACGAUCGCAACACAUACGUUUGCGACUCCAACCCCAAACAUGCAGCCAUCGCCAUGGACAAGUUUGGCUACAAGCUUCCGUACAAGAUGUACUUCGGAGGAGUGUCAGCUUUGACACCACUGCACUACCUUAAGAUGAAUGGCUUUCCCAACAACUACUGGGGCUGGGGUGGAGAGGACGAUGAUAUUGGAGUCAGGGUGUCUCUGGCGGGGAUGUAUAUCACUCGCCCAUCACUAAAAGUGGGCCGUUACAAGAUGAUUAAACACAAGCUGGACAAAGGAAAUGAUGUGAACCCAAAGAGGUUCAACAUGCUUGCCAAGACGCGUCAGACCUGGAAGCUGGAUGGAAUGAACACAGCUGAUUAUGAGAUAAUCUCACGGAAAUACCUGCCCCUCUACACCAACAUCACUGUCAACAUCGGCACUGAGGCCGGUCUACAUCCUGCCCCCAAAACACCACCUCCUCCUGCCAAAGCUGCAGGAAAACCUGCAGCCGGAGCACCAGCGAAAGGCUCAACCAAACUCAAAGAGGGCCACUCAGAGAAAUAGUCGACCCUAAGACAUCCCUAAUCGUGUUUCACUCUGCCAUUACUUUGGUGGGAUAAUCCUAUCAGUGCAUGCUGUAGGAUGAUGUUUUUUUCUCCUUGGUGGCCUGGGGUUUUUUUUGUUCAUUUUAAUCUUUUUCAUGUGUUAGUGGAAGAAUUAUUUUACGGAGAAUCAACAUCAUACUCAGCCAGAGAUUCUCUUCUGCCUGCGGUGACAGUGAGACAGUCAUUUGGGUGAUUAAAAACACCUGAUUUACUGAAAAUAAAAAAACAAUAGACAUGAAAUUCUCAACCUGCUCUAGAUGACGGCUCUCAACCUUGGAUCCUGUGACAUCAACGAUUAUUAUUCCAAGGGAGCCACAGCAAAGAGUGAAGGGUAAAAGUUGGACUCUGUGAGUUUAUAUAUCUACAGCGCCAUGGUCGCUGGUUAAACCUUGCGAUGCCUUAGAAUCUUGUUCUUUAUUUUUGUCUUUUCACUCGUACCUUACUUAAUUUAGAAUACUGUGUUUUUAAUGGAGCAGUAGCUGCAAUUUCCAGCAGUCACACUGUGCCACAACAGAGUCAGACUCUCUCUCUCUUUUUUUUUUUUUUUCUCUAAGCCAAUGAAUACAUGAGUCAAGGAGACGAUUUUUGUUUCCAGUUGAGUGUGUGAAGCUGCUAUAACGAGUAAUGAAUGAAGGAACUUGACAGAUUUGUGUAUUAUUAUGAUUAUUAUUAUUAUUAUUAUUACUGCUUCAAACAUAACAGCAUACAUAUCCUAUCCAUCUGCAAAUACCCAGGGCCGGAUUUAGAAAGGGUUCUCAUACAGAUGCUGUUCUACAGUUUAUCAAAAGAUAGACUAAAGCUUUCUUAUGUUUUCCAAGUUAUAUCUGUGGAAAUAUCAGUGGGCUAUACAGUGACAAUAUUUUAGUUCUGUACACAAAUGCUGAAAUACAGUUCUUCAGUGUAGCGUUCAUCUCAGCAGUAAUUCAACAGAGCCUUUCAAAUCAUUUCCUUGUAUUUCAGCACAUCAUCCAAUAUCUACAACCUUUGAUUGCAUUUUCUUUUUGUGUGUUUUUGUUUAUUUGCCUUUAUCGAAUAGAACAGGUUUUGAUGACAGUGAUCAGUUCUCUGCCUUGAGACGAGCUUGUAAUUCACAUCAUAAUGGAGUCUGUCUUGCAUAUAUAUAUAUACUUUUAUAUAUAUAUGUGGAUUAUGUACAGUAUACAUAUAUAGCUCAAUAUCUAAAUGUGUCACUCGAAUGCUGGCUUGCACCCUCAACACUUUACAUGCAGUAAAUAUUUAUAAUGUGCUAUUUUUUUUUUUUUUUUUUGUAUUGUAUGUCCCCUCUUCUGUCCUUUUGAGCUGAAAUACAGAAAGUGCUCAAAAAAUAUCACUUCUGCAUCAGGCUCAGAUCAGUGCAGGUCCGUGAGUGUAGAUUAGUCGAUGUUUCAAGCUCAAGCAACCAAGUAGCCAAAUUUAUCUAUCUACACAAACAAGUUAGUUCAGCUUGAGCCCAAAGCAUAACACUAAUCUUUGUAAUCGCUGUUCCAAGGAAAUACAGUGGCACCAGUUGUGGUGGUUAUCAUGUUGGUACUUCACUUUGAUCCUUGAAGGAUUAAAUGCUAUUUUGUGAUUUGAAAAGAAAUUUUCCUAUAUCUGUUAUUUGAAAACCCACAAAGUAACGUCUAAAGGCAUUGUGGUCAGGUGGAGAUGUGAUAAAUGACAGCGUGUCUGAGAAAUGUAAAGGAAAAUAAAGAUCUCUUCAGCAAUAUUUGCAGGUUGUAAGUUUGAUACAAGGAAACAUGCCGUGAUUCUCUAUCUUUUCUCAUUAUAUUCUUUUCAUGUCUAUUUCAAAUACAAAAAACCCCCUCACACGUUCUAAUCGCCGUCUGUGACUCUUGUUCUUUAACAAGUUAUCACAUGGAAAGAUCUGCAAUGUCCUCUCCACUAGUAGUGCCCUUGUACUGCAUGUCGACAGUCCACCCUCCUCUUCACUCUGUUGACAGAUUUGAUUGUUUACACGAUAUAAAAUAAAAUCCCUUUACCCAAUGAGUGUGGCUGUACUGGUAGGUAAACGAGCUGAAACCAAAGAUGACUAUGUGGAAAGCUGUGAUGAUAAACAGGAAAUGUGUGUGUGUGGGUGGUUGCACACAGUGCACUCCACAAAUUGUGAACGAUUCCUGGAAAGCUGUAUGAUUCUGUCUGAAAGGACAGGCCUAUCAUUUCUCUCUAUCAACAUUUGUAGCCUCUUUCCAUUCUGUGUUUAAAAUGGUCUCGAAACCAUCAUGUAUUCGGAUUCCCCUAAAAUUCACAAAGCCAACAGAUGAUUAAAUCCUGUACAGGUUUUUCAGUGGAGGGACGAGGAUAGUUCAUGAUGACUAUUAGGGUUUUUUUUUUGUUUGUUUGUUUUUUUGGGUCAGUGUAGAUGUGUUGACAAAUGUUGUAAUGAAACUUAUUUUUAUCUUCGUAUCAUUGUGGUAUCGGUCUGUUGAAGUGGACAAGAUAAGCUCUGAGAGUGGUUGCCUGUGAUUUUCAUGAAUAGAUGACUACAUACUGCAAUAUCAUUUUGAUGUGAAUUAAUAUCCAACUCCUAUGGCCUUAGCAGCACAUCCAAGACUAGUAUUUAAACACUUCACUAAUACAAUCGUAUCUUUAUAUCAAGACUAAAUAUGCAUGGUAAAGAACCUGUUAGUAAGGGUAUGGGAAUGUACUGAGCACCAUGUGGAGAUGAUACAUAUCAGUGCCCUCUUAGAAAAUAUCAAGCAUGCUGAAGUGUCUAUGUUGUGAACUGGAAACUGUCUUAUUGUGACUUUAAAUGGAAGUUUCCAUCUGUUGUGCAGAGCUCUCCUCACUGUUGUGUAAAAUUUAGAGGAUAUGAGUUGGGCAUUUUGACCACAAUAUACAAGGGAAGCUUAAAUUCCCAAAGUCACAAUGCACAGUCUCCAUCAUUUACUGUGUAAUACUUGACCUUAUGUUUCAUGUUUUUUUUUGUUGUUGUUGUUUGUUUUUGUUUAAAGCUAUUUAGAGUUUGAUUUGACUUGACUCCGUUCUGAUGUGGAUAAGCUCAACAACCACAGAAAGCAGUGAUCACAGGGUAGUACUGAAGCAACCAAGGGCAAUGUGACUUUGUUAGUUCUUCUGCACAGUCCAGAGUGGCCUUAAAUUCAUUAAUAAACUGAUUAUUCAAAAGAAA